GUCAUGAGCAUAUUGCGACCCUUCAGAGCGACUGAUUUGUUCAAGUUCAACAACAUCAAUUUGGACAUCUGGACAGAAACCUAUGGAAUCAGCUUCUACUUAAACUACCUUGCGAGAUGGCCCGACCUCUGCUCCGCGCAGGAGGCACCCAACGGUCGCAUGAUGGGCUACAUCCUUGGCAAAGCCGAAGGCCAGAGUUUGGAAUGGCAUGGGCACAUCACAGCCCUCACAGUAGCACCAGAGUAUCGCCGUCUCGGUCUCGCGCGCAAAAUGAUCGACCUGCUUGAGCUCGUGUCGGACAAGACCUACCGGGGAUACUUUGUUGACCUCUACGUGCGGUGUACGAAUAAUGUCGCAAUUGGGAUGUACGAAAGGCUUGGGUAUAGCGUGUAUAGAAGAGUGAGGGAGUACUAUGGCAGUCUAGGGAUGGGAAGAGCGGCGAAGGACGAAGAGGAUGCGUUCGACAUGCGCAAACCUCUUUCGCGAGACCCUGGGCGCCGUUCAGUCAGAGCAAACGGCCGAGAGUUCAUCGUCAGUGCACAUGAUGCACCAUAAGUACUUCAGUGUCCGUUAGAUUUGUUUCUAUUUCUGAACACGUAGUAGCGCUUUGCCGUGCACCGCCGUAGGCGUUGAAUAUUCAUGUUGAAUACUGACUGCGGAGGCAUUGGGGUUGUGGAGCUGGAUGCGACUCGUUCAGCGGUUCACCGUCGUUCACGCUUAGCGCUCACAAGGCCGAUGAGCCGCCCUGUAUCUCGCUCCAGAUCUAGGUCGGAGCAUCAGUCACUCAAAGUGGCCUACUGUAUCGUUUUGCUGUCGUCUUGCAACUGGCUGUAACGGCCCCGCCGACGCCGGUCGGACCUAAAUCUCUCGCUCGGGCUUGCGGUAACCAACUCGGGCUCGUCCGAUCCCAGAUCGCCGAGAUCACGGCUAUGGACGGGAAUCACGGGUUAGGCCAGGAUGCCUCCUGCUACACAAGAUCGAGAACUGUCUCACGUCGUGACUCAGCCUCGCUCGCAAAAAUUCAAGGUAUAAAUGUGUAGUAAAGAAGUGUCUUUUCUUGCUUGAACGUCUAGGCAAGUUCGGCCUCGGAAGUAGCAGCAUACCUUCACCAGAGCCUGGCGAGAUUCUUGUCGAAAUACAGGCAACAGCUCUUAACCCGGUCGACUGGAAGAUCCAAGAUCAUGACUUCGCCGGAAUCAUUAAGGACUACCCCGCUGUACUUGGGACCGACUGCGCUGGUAUUGUGAAGGCGGUUGGCGAAGGUGUCACCAGGUUCACUGUCGGCGACAGGACGAUGCACCAAGGAUUCUUCACCAGCCGCAAAGCAACAUUUCAACAGUACACUACAGUGCCUGAAGAGCUGGCUGCAAAGAUUCCACUGAACCUCACUUUCGACCAGGCGUCCACCAUUCCGCUUACGAUGGCUACCGCUGCCAUUGGACUUUACAACAAACAUAUCGAGCCCUAUGGCGGCUGCGGAUUGUAUCCACCAUGGGAAGAGGGUGGGAGAGACAAGUACCACGGACAGCCCCUUUUCGUGACAGGCGGGUCAUCGUCGCUCGGACAACAUGUUAUCCAGUUCGCUAAGAUAUCUGGAUUUUCGCCUAUUAUCACCACCGCCUCGAAACGCAACGAAGACUACCUCAAGUCCCUCGGCGCGACUCAUGUCAUUGACCGGUCCAUCCCGCACUCUGAUAUCCUUACGGCCAUAGAGCAGAUUACUAGCACGCCGGUGAUGGUCGCAUACGACGCUAUAUCGGACGCCGACACGCAGAAUCUCUGUUACGAAGUCGUUGCGCCCGGCGGGCAGGUCGUCAUUGGGCUCCCACCAGCGAUCGAGACAUCAAAGCUGACAUCGGGGAAGAGGAUCGUACAGGUCUUCGGGAGCGCGCACGUCCCGGAACAGAGACCGGUGGGCAUUAGUCUGUACCAGAAAGUGACAGAGCUGGUGGCGAACGGCGAUAUCAAGCCAAACAAUGUAGAAGUGCUUCCCAACGGUCUUUUGGGCAUCCCUGACGGCUUAGAGAGGUUGAAGAGUGGACAGGUCAGCGCGAACAAGCUUGUGGCACGUCCGCAGGAGACGCCGUAAGGACGACAAAGCAUGUAAUCUGUAAACUAAAUCUCAUACAAGAC